AUGAAACUAUCAGUAGGGCUACUCGCGGCCGCAGCGGCCGAGAGUACCUCCAAUGAUCAAGGAUCAAGAACUGGAUAUGCCAAUUCCGGCAACAUCGUCUGCUACUACACAAAUUGGUCGCAAUAUCGCCCCGGCUCUGGCAAAUUUCUUCCCGAAGAUAUUGAUCCAAAUCUUUGCACGCAUUUGGUCUUCUCCUUCGCCAAAAUGUGCAAUUCAGCUGCUGGUUGGACCCUGUGCCCUUACGAGUGGAACGACAUGGACGAAACAUGGGCUGAUGGACUGUACACGCGAAUGCGAAAUCUCAAGAAUCAAAACUCUUCGCUCAAGGUUCUCCUCGCUGUCGGAGGUUGGAAUCAUGGAUCAACUGGUUUUGUCGAAAUGGCUUCUUCCACCGCAAACAUCGACGCGUUCAUCACCAACUCGAUGGCUUUUGUGAACAACAUCGGCUACGAUGGACUCGAUCUCGAUUGGGAAUACCCAGCGAAGACAACUGUCGACAGCUCUCCUCCAGCUGAUUACCAAAACUUCCAAACCCUUUGCGAGAGAUAUCGAGCGCGAAUAAACGCCAAUCAGCCCGGCUUCAUCCUCACCGCCGCUGUCGGAAUCGGCCAGGACAAGAUUUUCACCAUCGACGGAGCUGUUCCUUCGUACAACGUCUCUCACUUGUCCAACAAUCUGGACAUGAUUCACUUGAUGGCUUACGAUAUUCACGGGCAUUGGGAGGACGCGACCGGGCAUCAUGCGAUGGCAUAUACGAAGGAGAGCGAUGACAGACUUGGAUACACAGAUUCGAUUGAUUGGAUCAUUUACAACUGGAUUGAUCAAGGAGCUGAUCCAAAGAAAUUGGUUCUUGGACUUGGCGCAUACGGACGAACUUUUAAACUCGCUGGAUCUGAAACAGGCUUUCUCGCGCCAGCCUCUCUCGGCUCAAAUGGGUAUUAUUCGGGCGCAGCUGGAACUUAUACUCGCGAACCAGGCUACCUCGCGUACUACGAAAUCUGCGAAAAGCUCCGAGCUGGAUGGACGAGCGUCUAUGACGAUGAAGCCCAAGCGCCGUACGCUUACGGUGAUGGAGAUUGGGUCGGAUACGAUAAUCAGCAAAGCAUCGGAGUAAAGGUCAACAUGGCAAAAAGCUACGGACUCGCUGGAAUCAUGUGGUGGGCGAUCGACGUUGAUGACUUCGACGGAUCGUUCUGCAAUCAAGGAAGAUACCCGCUGAUGAACUACGCCAAGCAAGUGCUUCUCUCCGACGAUCCUGUUCCAACCAAUCCUCCAACUACUCCCCACUCGACUCAAUCAACCCAAUCAUCUUCGACCCAAAGCACUCAGCAAAGCUCCACAACAAGCGGCAGCUCCUCUGGAACUUGCGAUUCGUCUGGCUAUGCUCCUCAUCCUUCUGACUGCUCAAAAUACAUCCAAUGCACCAAUACUGGCAAUAUUGAAGGGCAGUGCGGAAAUGGACUCUACUGGGAUCAAUCGGCGACUGCGUGCAACUGGGACUACUUGGUUGAUUGUCCUCAUGAUUGA